GCUGUGGUCCUACCGUGUAUUUCGCUCUUUUUAAUUUCAGCAUUACAUUCUAUGGUAUAUGCUUAGUGGAUAUGCGCCUGCAUGCCUUUCCCAAAUGAUAUAUUCUGCCCAUAUUAAUUCCUUGACUGAAUAGACAUCGAUACGGGAAUAAAAUCAGAUUCAAGUCAGUAAAUCAUCGUGUAUAUACAGUAAAACAUCUCCGUUCUCCAUUUUAAACGCGUGGGGCUAUACGAUGGGUACUAGUCUUACGUCACAAAAACCUGUUCCGGAUGUCGAUCUAACUCAGAAGACCGUGAUUGUUACUGGGGCAAACACAGGAAUCGGAUAUGAGACGGCAAAAACAUUAGCCCAGCUGGGGGCAAAGGUCAUUGUGGCUUGUCGCUCCGAAGCCAAGGCAAAUGAAGCCAUAGAGCGAAUGAAAAAGGAGCACAGCGAAGAGAAAUCUGACGACAAAGAGUCAAAGGUCAAGAUCAAGACCGAUGACCUUGAUGUCGAGUUCAUGAUCCUUGACCUUUCGUCGAUCGCCAGUACGAUGAGCUUCGUAGAGGCGUUCAAGGCCAAAGGGCUCCCGCUUCACAUCCUAGUGUGCAACGCUGGAAUUAUCUACGGAGGGGAAGUCAAAACAACUGACGGUUUCGAGAUACACUUCCAGGUCAAUUACCUGUCGCACUUCCUUCUAACUCUCCAUUUACUUCCGGUGUUAAAGGCGUCCGGGGGCAAUGCCAAGAUCAUAUUGGUUUCGUCCAUCUCUUAUCGCGGUGUUAGCUGGCACGAAGAAAAUAUGCAAUUCAUGAACGAACACCCGAUGUCCAAAUAUGGAAGCACCAAGCUCUAUCAGAUUAUGGAGAUGUUUACAUUAGCGGAGAGGCUAGAAGGGUCUGGAAUCGGCGUUUUUUCUCUGCAUCCUGGUGUGGUCGAUACAGAUAUUAUGAAGAGGGAAAACCAACAGGUAUCUGGUUCCAUGAAGUUUUUGGCGGGCAUGCUUAGCUCGAUGAGGCUGGCACGAAACUCAUUUCACGGAGCCUUGACGACUAUCCAUGCGGCUGUGAACCCGCAGUACGAUGGUAAGACUGCGCUCUAUCUCGAAAAUUCAAAACCAACCAGUCUCAAGAAUCCAUCGGCCACAGACAAAGACAAGCAAGAAUUCCUGUGGAAGUAUUCGCUUGAGUGCUUGAAGGAUUACAUCACUGAAGACACGCUUAAAGAACUGACGUCACAAUGAUGCAACAAUGGGCAAAAUGAUUAACUCAACCCGUUCGCAUUUAAUGCAUUAUCAACUUUGACACAGUAUACGUGAUAUUUGUUGUCAAUUUAAAAAAAAAAAAACUUACAUCCAUGUACUUGAUAUAUGUCAACCCAUGUUCCAAAAAUAGAUGACGCAUUUCUUUUCCAUAUAGUGAUAAAGAUAAUAUUUUAAGUAAAUUAUUCUGAUGCCGUUUA